GAAUUAAAGACCAGCUCCUUUCAGUUGUGAAGAAAAGUCAUGUCGGACUCGAAACGUUAACUCUGUUUCUGUCUCUCUCUGGAGAUGCUGCCAGACCUGCUGAGUUCCUCCAGCACUUUGUUUUUUUUUCCUUCACAGUGUUACCCUCGGUGGUCCAUCAGAAUAAAACAUCCAGUUCAUAGAGCUUUAUUUCUCAAAGGAUUAAGCUGUGGUCAAGGCAGCACACCUGUUCACCUGAAACUUUCUCUCUCUCUGAUGUUAGCAGACCAGCUGACUGUUCCCAUAAGGAUCUGUUCCUGUUUCAGGUUCCCAACAUCCAUAAUAUUUCGAUUUAGUACUGAGCCCCGGAUUUGUUGUGCACUCUGCACCUGCAGUUUUCUGGUUUUAUAAAGGCCCAGCUGCUGGUUCAUGCUGAUGUUUGAAUGGUCUUCGGUACAUUCUCUGAGCUUUCUGUGCUAAUUUAAUGUUGGCUAAACUCCUGCACUACCCGCCCACAAAAAAAAACCCCGGCUGGGGAACAGGGGGUUUAAGGGGCCGUUCCCGGACGCGGCGGAAUUCCAGGCCGAGGCGGCGAGGAGCCAACUGGGCCGCGUUGCCGUGGCGAAGAAGCUUCCGGUUCAGGGAGGACAUCCGGGUCGGAGGUCAGGGAAAGGCAAGAUGUUGCUGCAGAGACUGAAGGUGUUGGUGCGGCAUUCUGGUCAGCUGGUGACAGAAUGCAGGAAGGUUCAUCGGACAUCACGCUGUAGCCAGCCAUUAAUACCCAUAGUCAUCGAGCAGACAGGCCGUGGGGAGAGAGCUUACGAUAUCUACUCAAGACUCUUGAGGGAAAGAAUUAUUUGUGUCAUGGGACCCAUAGAUGACAAUGUUGCCAGCCUAGUGAUUGCUCAGCUCUUGUUCCUUCAGUCAGAGAGUAACAAGAAGCCGAUCCACAUGUACAUCAACAGUCCAGGUGGUGUGGUGACCGCUGGCCUGGCUAUUUAUGACACCAUGCAGUACAUCCUGAACCCCAUCUCCACCUGGUGCGUAGGCCAGGCAGCCAGCAUGGGUUCCUUGCUUCUAGCUGCAGGCUGCCCAGGCAUGAGGCACUCCCUGCCUAAUGCACGUGUCAUGAUUCACCAACCCUCGGGAGGGGCAUCUGGUCAGGCAACUGACAUUGCUAUACAGGCAGAGGAGAUUCUCAAAAUCAAAAGACAGAUCAAUCACAUUUAUGCCAAACACACUAAGCAGGGGCUGUCAGUCAUUGAAGCAGCCAUGGAGCGGGACCGGUACAUGAGCCCAGUGGAAGCUCAGGAGUUCGGGAUUAUUGACAAGGUCCUGGUUCACCCUCCGCAGGACGGGGAAGAUGAGCCACAACUUGUGCAUAAGGACAACACGAGGGCGUCAUCAGGCUCGCCCGAGCCCUGAACUGUGUGGCCCACCAGCCCGAUCAUUAAUCUGAUCUCUCUGCACCACUGGACUGCUGUGUCAACCUCAUCCAUUCACUCAGUCAAAUAUUUGUAUUAAAGAUUUGUAGCUAAA